GUGUUGCAGGUUAUGCAUGUCUUGUGCGAUGGAUGUAUAGAGGGGGGGCCGUUAGGGAUGACUCCAAACUGGAGGACGGAAGCUUACUCGGUGCCCUGUAUGUACACGCUUUUGCAGACUGACAAGCAGCUGUCGAUCCUGGGUCCAUGCUUGGUCCACGCUGAUUGGACGGUUGCUUUUGUUCUACAGCAUGCGUUGCAAGAGGGUCGUGCUCGAUGCAUGUGAUUGUACUGUACUGUACUUCUCCACUGCUGUCGCAUGUCUACGGAGUACGGAGUACGGGGUACUUUUAUUGUUUUAUGCCCCUCCUGUUACUCGCAAUUCCAAUGUACAGUACAUACAGCACAGCACAGCACAGCACAGCACAGCACAGCACAGCACAGCACAGCACAGCACAGUAAUGUACCUCCCUCCCCCGACUCCGCGUAAAACACAAGAGUCCAUGUUCAUGUUCAGUUCAGCUCGAUUCAUA